AUGUCUUUCUCCCAAACCACAUACAAUCAUCUCCACCAGCCAGCCGUGAUAAUUGCUGGAUGUUUUGGCUUGCUGGCUUUGACGCUGUCCAUCUUCCUGAUUUUUCAGCAUCUCAGAUAUUACACCAAUCCUUCGGAGCAAAAAUGGAUUGUUGCUGUACUUUUCAUGGUUCCAGUUUAUGCUACAGAAUCUAUUUUAUCAUUGUGGAAUCCAAAGCUAUCCCUUGCUUGUGACAUCCUAAGAAACUGCUACGAAGCAUUUGCUCUUUAUUCUUUUGGGAGUUACUUGAUUGCUUGCCUUGGUGGUGAACCGAAAGUCAUAGAAAUGCUUGAAGAUGAAUCUAAACAAAUGAAAAAGCCAUUACUAGAAGGCGCAAAGAAACCAAAGUUGCAACGAAGAAAAAUGCGGGACUUCAUAUUCCAGCCAUCAAUGUUAGGGAAGGACUUGGUUACAAUUGAAAAGUUUGGUCUUGUACAAUAUAUGAUUUUGAAGACUGUUUGUGCAUUGUUAGCAUUUGUGUUGGAGCUCUUUGGGGUGUACGGCGACGGAGAAUUCAAGUGGUAUUAUGGAUACCCGUAUCUUGCCGUUGUAUUAAACUUCAGUCAAAUGUGGGCAUUAUAUUGCCUUGUUCAGUUUUACAAUGUCACCCAUCAAAGGCUUCAGGCUAUAAAACCCCUUGCAAAGUUUAUUAGCUUCAAGGCGAUUGUUUUUGCAACAUGGUGGCAAGGAGUUGGUAUUGCGUUAUUAUGUUCUUUUCGGAUUCUACCGAACGAGGGGAAAUUUCAGACUGCAUUGCAAGAUUUUCUGAUCUGUAUAGAGAUGGCGAUAGCAGCUGUUGCUCACAUUUUCGUCUUUUCAGAAAAGCCAUAUCAUUUCAUCCCGAUUUCUGAGUGUGGAAAGAUAUCCUCUCAAACAAUGGAAGCUGUGGUUGAGGUGAAAGAUGACAAUGAAGUAAAGCCAGCCAUCCUGGAAAAGACUGAAACUACAGUUGAGGCUCCUGGAACAAGUGUGAGGGAAAGUGUUCAAGAUAUAGUUGUUGAAGGAGGUCAAAAGGUAGUCAAGGACGUUGUAUUGACAAUAAACCAGGCAAUUGAACCCGUAGAAAAGGGGGUGACAAAAAUCCAGGAGACGUUCCAUGAAAUAUCGGUCUCAUCAAAUGACGGCAAAGAAGAACAAGAAGUGAAAGAUGUGAAGGAAGUAAAGGUUGAGGGACAUGAGGAAAGUGUGAUAACCAGUGGCAAAGUUUAA